AUGGACUUGGUAAUGAAAACGGGCGAUGGCACGGGCUACGGCGUCGCUGUGGGGGGUGGGAGCCACCCCGAAGUCGCGUGGGCGUAUGACGUCAGCAGCGAUGCGCCCCCUAGCCCCCCCCCCCCCCCACCCCGCUCCUUCAACUUGACAUUAGCGAGGCUGCAUCGAUCCAGCCCCCGCAAUGCCGAGGACGCCCGUGUUUACGUUCGAACG